ACGACGAUAAGCAUUCUGGCUACUACAUCUCCCGCUCGGUAUGGCCGCGACUCAGGUUCAAGUUGACGGCAACUUGGAUGCCCGCCCCUCUCUUCCCUAUUCCAAGCCGGCCCUCUCGGCAGCAGAGAAGGUCAAUUCUCCUGCUGAAUCCGCCAGCCCAUGGCUGUAUGCUAUACUUUUAUUCGUCCUCUGCUUCGUGCUACACGUCCUCCUCGUCGUUGCAUGUGCGGUGCUCGUCAUCUUACGUUACACGCUAAGUCAAGCGUCCCCGAAUACUGCUGUCAAGAUCUACCUUGUACUUACGCUCUAUGUUACCCAAAAGCUUGCCUUCAGACGCAACGUUCGUGUCGAGCAGACUCUCACAUCCAUGCACGACAAAUCCUCUGCUUGGCUGGGACUGGGUGCUUCUGUUCCCGUUCUCUGGCGGUACUUCACUGCUCUCGUCCGCAAGAAAGAAGAUCGAGCUUCCAGGAGAAGUGGUUCAGAGCUACCCGCUUUCAUUGGGGUCCUAUUGAUCGCCAUCUACUUCUGCUGUGGAUUAUCACUCGGCGUCAUCGCUCCAGACCUAGUUUUCGUCGGUGGCACUAUCAACGGCAGCCCCAGUUUCCAGAAUCUCACAUCGAAGCUGCAGGGCAUUACUAGCAACGCCGUUCAGGAAGCAUUCCCUAUCGUGGGCAUGUUACCUUUGGUGACGUAUUAUGAAGAUGUCGUGACAGUCGGUCUUCAGGAUACCCUGAUCUACGACGUACCCACUAUCUUCGUAUGGGAUCAAUCCAUUCCAGUCACCGGCACAGCUUUUGGGGUAAACUGCGGACAGAUUCCAGGGGCAUCGCAAGUCCAGUCCAGUAACGGUUCUCUUAUCGUCCACGUAGAGGAGCAACUUCAGGAUGUGGUCAUCAAUCCAGCAUCGGAGCGCACUCUUAACGUUCGCCCCGCUUUGUGGCGGAACACAUCGAACAAAUCUCCGCCUCCUGCAACACUCAUCGUUGCGUCUACCUUCCCCAUCCAAGACAGCAACAAUAACGCAGAUGCUGCCAGUGUGGACUUGAAUACUCAGAUUGUCCCUGUGAAGUGCUCAUUUGACUGCAGCUCGGUCAGCGCGGUGCAGGUCGUCGCAUGCAAUGUAUUUUCCAAGGACUUUGGUCACGGGCAUCAGGACUACAACGCUGUUAGCCUGGAAACAAACGAAUGGCCUUUCUGGGCUGAUAUUCCUACGACUACUCCCUUGAGCCAGGUGUGGUCGAAUUGGUCGCUACCGGGCCCGCCAAUCGAGGAGCAGUCGGCUCUCAACCUCAUCGGGAACUUCAGCCAUCAGUCACCUAGCAGCCACAAGACGCUGUUCAGUACAAUUAAUGGAUCGACGGUCACGGAAUACACUUUGAGUAUCCUAGAGGAUAACAUCAUGGAGGCACUGGGUUACUAUGACCCCGAUAUAGCCAACGUUACUCUCAGUGAUCUCGAGGACAUCCUGGGCCAAGCUAUUGCUUCAGUCUUCUGGCGGGCCGCUCUCCGGAGGAUGAAGCAAGAUCCUCUCGGAACGGAAGACAUCAACAUACCUCUAGAUACCACUGUCCGGAUAAGCCACUGGAGCCCCAUCCUCGGCCUCUCCGUCUCCAUAGUCAUGCUCGCCGUCGCUAUAACGCUCACCUGGCAGCCAAAGCCGAACUCCAAGGACGAGACACACCCGCAAGUGGACUCCUUUGGUGUGCUGCAGCUCACGUGGUACCUCGGUCAAAAGGGGAACAGCCUCUCGCGCAAUCUUGUGGAGGCUGUGAACGACCCGACGCUCGAUCGCCUGCGUGACUGGGGCAAGCAUGUGCGCCACAGGUUUGCGGACGAUGACUGAACGCCUGAUGGCGCCGGCCAGGUGCAGCCAACAUUUUCAUUUUGCAUUUGUCGCAGGCCGCUGACGUAGCACAGAGGUAUGAAAAUCUGCGGUCUGUCCCUUUUCCAGAUUCUUCGUAACCGCGCCUGCUGCUCCGACGCAACGUCUCCGGGUCGCAUCGAUUCUGUGGCAUUUGCAGGUCCUGAUGGGAAGGCAUAUAAUGUUUUCCUCCAUAAUCAGUUUCAGUUUAUUACAUCUAGCGAAGUUUUGCUAUCGUGUCACCUUUACGGUCGGUCAUGUUGUAGUCAUAGUACUAGGUGUAGCCAUGCUUAUUCUGGGUAAAACUCGCCUCGGACUAAUAAACUAGAGAUUGAU